AUAGUAUAAUCUAAAACGCUAUUAUUUAUACUGUCUGCGUCAGCAUUAUUCUAUGCCCGCACGGCGCCGUGCGCUCCGAUAGCGGACCAACCACGACCGCUCGCUCGGUUCGCCAUUUUUCUCCAGCCAGUCCUGUUAUAACCGUCGCACGGGUUGUCCGUACUCGAUAUGGCGGCUUACGACAAAGCGAUCGUGCUCAUUUUCAAUCAAUCUGAACCCGUUUAAAAAAUAAAAAAAAUACCCCAAUUAACCCGCCGACAGUGAUCAGUGACUUUAAUACAGAUUUUAGUGAAGUUUUAAAGUGUUGAAGCAGUUUAGAAGUUGAAAAGUUCUGUUGCAAUUUUAGUCCGCCUAAAACUUGGGUCGUGAUACAAAAGAGCUCUUGGUUUUCGAUUGUAAAUGUUGUUGAACGGAGGUUUGUUUUGAAUUAUAAGUGGCACUUUCGAUUUGGACUGGACGGUUGAGUGGCGCAAAGCUGGCGGUAGUCCGUGGAAACUUGACAGAAGGUCAAGCUCACAAGUCCUGGAUUCCCUUUAAAACCAACAUGGAUUCAGAGAGCCGGAGCGAGUCGGCUCUCAACAGCCCGACGGAGCCCGACGUGUCCCUAGCAGCCUCCCUUACGGACCCUAUAGAGGCCACAACGCUAGAGGAGGCCCGAAGGACCAUUAGAGACCUAAGAAUGAAGUAUCGCGCCCAAGCCCACCAGCUUCUAACCUGGCGGCGCGCGCACCGCAUCCAAGAAGAUCUCGUCUCCCGUCUACAAAUAGAGAAAGCCAACCAGCUGAAAUCCCUCUCCAGCCAGCUCCUCCUCUUCGAAUCACGCCUGGUCCGAAAACAGAAGGAAAUCUGCAACAUCAUCGCCGUCAGAGAGUCCAUCAUUGCCAAACAACAGAAAGCCAUCGAAGCCUUGCAAGCGAAACUAUUAGAAAACGGAAUAGAACCAACACAAGCCAUCCCGGACUUCAGAGAAAUGCUCCAAGACACACAAAUCGCCGAUUUCGAUAGCCUCAACGAUUCCGAUUCAGCCGUCAUUAUGGAAGACGUUGAUUCAGACUGUAGUAAUCUCACGCACGUACCACGCUUUAGAAACGCCGACUCGGUCACCAUCGUACGAUCCAUCUCAGACGCUAUCGAUCCUAAUUUAAAAUACAGUAUUAUCCGCCGUUCUAACGGCUUCCUACGGCGUCCUGAGAUAUUAGAAACUGUGUACAGCGUUGAAGAAGAAGCCGAUGCGGACUCCAUGAAAGGUCUUAGCGCUCAGAACUCAACAGAAAAAGAGAUUAAGGACAAUAAGACGGACGAAGAAAAACAGAACGAUUCCACAAGUCUUCUCACUCAAAGACGUGAUAACUUCCGCAUGAGAAGCGUCAUGUUAACCGAAGCGCUCAAAAGCAUAGACGAUGAGAAGAAGAACGAGGCUUGGGCUUACAGCUAUGUUCCAAAGAAGACCGCUUCAGACGACGAAGCUACUGAAAGCGACGAGGAAACGAAACGCAAUCCAGUAGUAACCUACAACCGUGUAAUGUCGAAUCAUCGGAACGUGACGAAACCAAAAGACGUGAAAUACAAGAGGAUAAACAAAGCAAAGUCGAAAAGCUUGGAGGAGUUGCGGGGCCGGCUCAAGAACUGGGUCGACAAAGGGAAUAAGUUCGCAAACUUGACCUUGGAGCAUGCGCAGAGCUACGCUUAAAGUUCCUUUGCGACUAGUCGCACGUUUAAGAGGAAAGUGGACGUCGGUGUCCAUACACUUCCCAUUAUCCUCUCUCUAUAUAAUUAUGUUGUAAUUUAAAUAUGCUACUGGAGCUAUGCCUCUUUAAAUCAUUUCUCGAUUUUAAAUUAUUUUACGUUUUCGGACAUUUCAAUAAUGUUUACAAUUUUUUUCGUUUCAAUCUCUUAUAAUAAUUUGAAAUUAAAAAAAAGUCUAACGAAAUAGCCAUAGUAUAUACAUCAAUUGCGUAAAAACGUCAAUAUUCAGAGAGGAAAUGGGGCCUUCGUUUGCAUAGCGAAGCGGUCGUCCAUUUUCCUCUUAAACUAGUAGCAUAUUUCUAAAUCUCUAUACCUCUGAAACCUAGAGCUUAUAUUUCUCGAUGUUUCUACUUAAAUAUUUAGAUUGUAUGCCAUAAAUAAAUUUUACUGUCAUAUACAUAAAACUUGGACAUUUAUAGUUAGGGAAGUGAGGUUUUGCGAGACGUUUAAAUAAGUUGAAUAGCUAUUUCGAAAUGUUCCAUAACAUAACUCAUAAUCAUUCCAAAAAUAACUUACGACUGCCCGUGGUAAAAUGGUCUAACUUCCUUUGAUGUUAUUAAGAGCUACACGUACUUAGCCGGGCAUUUUUUUCCAAAAUAGGUAAAUUUAAUGUUUUUCCUACUCAAAAUCACGAGCUCCUUCGUUUCUACUAGGAGGAAAAAAGCGUCCCAAGUUUCAUUUUUUCCAUUCCGUUACCAUUUUUCAAACACAUUGCACUACCGAGUACGGCGGUAACGAAACGGAAAGUAUGUAAAAUGUAUGAAAAUAUUUGGGACAUUGUUUAUUUCCUAGGAGCAUGGAAUCAGCUCAUGAUUCUGGACACAAAUAACAUUAAAUUUGCAUAUCGUAAAAAGAGUCCAGUGCAUCAAUACAGAAAAAAAUGCACAGCCGCCGCG